UCUGUGCUAACCAGCCAACAUCAUAUUCUUCUAUUCUUGCUUUCGAGCAGAUUCUUCUUCUGCUUCCUCCCUCCUUUCUUUCCUCCUCCUUUCUUGCUCCUCCUCCUCCGUCUCGACGUCGUACCUCGGUGCUCUCCUUUCGCCUCUUCCCAACAAUCUCCAUACUUUCUUUUCUUUAGCUGUAUUUCGUCUUGGAGUUCUUGACUGUUUGGUCCUGUUCAGUAAAAAUUCUCGCUUCGAGGGAGUCGAGAUUAUCCGGCGGGCGGUGCGGAUUCGUUCCCCACACGCUUAGAUUUUUUUGGGUUCACUAGAGCUCUAGCUCCCGGACUAGAUUUACGGGCAAGAUUCCCUCGUGGGUGGGGGUGGGGGUUGUGCUUCAGUUUCAGUUUUCCGGUUAGAAUAACUGGAUUAUUUAGUUAUUCUAGUUGCCAAUCAACAGCCCCGCCCAUCUGUUGCUCGGGGGUUUCGGUUGACAUUUAACGGGGGCGAAACCACGCUCUGCUAGGCUUGGAAAAUCAAGAAUUCAGGGGGUGCUCCUUGGUUCGUUCCUGCUUCCGGGUUGGUGAUUCGGUGGUCUUUCUUUUAGGUUGGGUGCUUCGUCUGGCGUUUCUUGAGUCGUGGGUGGGUUCUUGGUUAGAGGGUGAGGGCGCCCCCCACCCUACUUACCUUCUUCUUUUGUUUUUUUUAAACACAAAUCUGGUCACUGUUCUGAUUUCGCCCUUUUAAAGUACUUGUUGCUGAGCUGGGUCGAGUCCCUGUUGUGGAUGAGUUUGCUCCAUGUACUCUGUUUCGGUCUGAAGGUGGGGCAUCUACUAUGGGUGCUGUGCUGCUGGGUGGUGUCCUUGAUUUCCAAGAAUUGGUGGGUUUUUGGUGGUGAGAUGACCAAGGCCGGUUUUCUUGGCGAUGGGGGCAAAAUGUCACUGAAUUGGUUGGAGAAGGUGUUGGGGAAUGUUUACAAGAUCCACCCCAGCCACAACAGCCAGCAAGCUGGGUCGAAGAAAUUCAGGAAGACUUGGUGGAGGAAGGUCUUGUGGACGUGGAUCAUCGGCUGGUUCAUCAUCUCUGCGUGUAUCUUCUGGUACAUGAGCUCGCAGGCCGCGGAGAAGAGGAGAGAGACCCUCGGGAGCAUGUGCGAUGAGAGAGCUAGAAUGUUGCAGGACCAGUUUAAUGUCAGCAUGAACCAUGUCCAAGCCAUGUCCAUUCUGAUCUCCACUUUCCACCAUGGCAAGCAGCCUUCCGCUAUUGACCAGACGACCUUCGAGAGGUACACAGAAAGAACUGCUUUUGAGAGGCCUCUGACAAGUUUCAUUGCGUAUGCGGUAAGAGUGCUUCAUUGUGACAGAGAAGAGUUUGAGAAGGCACAAGGUUGGAAGAUUAAGAGGAUGGAUACCGUGGAAAAAACCCCAGUUCACAAGGAUAACUCUGAACUUGAAGAAUCGGAACCGUCCCCAGUACAAGAAGAAUAUGCGCCAGUCAUCUUUGCACAAGAUACCAUUGGCCAUGUCGUUUCUCUUGAUAUGCUGUCAGGAAAGGAAGACCGUGAAAAUGUUUUACGUGCAAGAGCUUCUGGAAAAGGGGUCCUGACUGCUCCAUUUAGGUUGAUUAAAACAAACAGUCUUGGAGUUAUAUUGACCUUUGCUGUAUACAAUAAGGAUCUACCACCAAAUGCCACUCCUGAUGAGAGGAUUGAGGCAACUGACGGGUACCUUGGUGGGGUCUUCCAUAUUGAAUCACUAGUAGAGAAGUUGCUUCAACAGCUCGCAAGCAAGCAGAACAUUGUUGUGAAUGUAUAUGACACCAGCAAUUGGUCACAUCCAAUCAGCAUGUAUGGUUCAGAUGUAUCGGAAGAUUAUCUAGAGCAUGUCAGCACUCUCAAUUUUGGGGAUCCGUUCAGGAAACAUGAGAUGCGCUGCAGAUUCAAACAAAAAUCACCAUGGCCAUGGCUUGCAAUAACGACAUCAUUUGGCAUUCUUGUGAUUGCCUUACUUGUUGGGUAUAUUUUCCAAGCAACAGUGAAUCGAAUUGCCAAAGUUGAAGAUGACUACCAUAAGAUGAUGGAACUUAAGAAGCGAGCAGAGGCAGCUGAUGUGGCAAAGUCACAGUUUCUUGCCACUGUUUCGCAUGAGAUCAGAACCCCCAUGAAUGGAGUUCUAGGAAUGUUGCAUAUGUUGAUGGACACAGAUCUUGAUGAAACUCAACAAGAUUAUGUUAGAACUGCACAGGAAAGUGGAAAAGCUUUGGUUUCACUUAUAAAUGAGGUCUUGGACCAAGCGAAGAUUGAAUCUGGUAAGAUUGAGAUUGAGGCUGUGCAGUUUGAUCUAAGGGCCAUAUUGGAUGAUGUCUUGUCCCUCUUCUCGGGGAAAUCUCAAGAAAAACGAGUGGAGCUAGCAGUUUACAUUUCUGAAAAUGUUCCGGAGAAGUUGAUUGGUGAUCCAGGGAGAUUUCGGCAGAUCAUCACAAAUCUUAUGGGGAACUCAAUUAAAUUCACAGAGAAAGGACAUAUCUUGGUCACAGUCCAUCUUGUUGAUGAGGUGAUGAACUCAACUGAUGCUGAGAUGGAAUCAGCAACAAGGAGUACGUUGAGCGGCUUCCCAGUACCAGACAGACGACUCAGCUGGGCAAAAUUUAGGACAUUCAGCCAGGAAGGCCCUGCGUCUCCGGUGCCGUCAUCCUUCUCUAAUCCAAUCAAUCUCAUUAUUUCAGUGGAGGAUACAGGGAUAGGUAUUCCUCCAGAGGCGCAACCCCGCGUUUUCACUCGUUUCAUGCAAGUGGGCCCAUCAAUUUCUCGAACACAUGGGGGCACAGGUAUUGGGCUAAGCAUAAGCAAAUGUCUGGUUGGCCUCAUGAAUGGGGAGAUUGGAUUUGUAAGCAUACCCCAGGUGGGAUCCACCUUUACCUUUACUGCAGUUUUCGAUGAUGCCUGUUCUACCUCAAAAGAGUGCAAGGGCCAGCAAGUGAAAGGACAAGGUGACUCUGGCACCUCAGAAUUUCAUGGUAUGAAAGCAUUGGUAGUUGACACAAGACCUGUCCGUGCCAAUGUAUCAAAGUAUCAUAUCCAGAGGCUUGGUAUUCACGUUGAGGUAGUUGCAGACUUGAACCAGUGCCUCCACACCAUACAAAGUGGGAAUUGCAGAAUAGAUAUGGUGCUCUUGGAAUGGGAAAUUUGGGACAAGGACUCUGGUUUGUCGGCAAUCUUUCUGGAUAAAUUGAGGGACAUGAAGCCACGGGUGUCUCCACGGUUGUUUCUUCUAUCUAAUUCUAUCAGCUCUAGUAGGAUGAGUGGUGCGACUACAGAUGCUACUGGUCCAUUCGUGAUCAUGAAGCCUCUAAGGGCUAGUAUGCUGGUGGCGUCUUUUCAGCGAGUCAUGGGAGUCGUAAAUCGAAUAAGUUGCUCCAAUGGGGAGUCUCCGAGUCUGUUUCUCCGCAACCUUCUCCGUGGCAGAAAAAUCCUAGUCGUGGAUGACAACAAAGUAAACCUCAGAGUGGCCGAGGGAGCUUUGAAGAAAUAUGGAGCUGAUGUGGUUUGUACAGACAGUGGGGAAAAAGCAAUUGCUUUGCUCAGACCACCGCAUGAUUUUGAUGCCUGCUUCAUGGAUAUCCAGAUGCCAGGAAUGGAUGGAUUUGAAGCUACAAAAAGAAUUCGACAGAUGGAACAAACUCCGAGCAAGGAAUUCCUACCGGGACAGUCAUCCUCAGAGCCACAUGAAAAUAUCUCGAAUUUCCACCUACCGAUCUUGGCCAUGACUGCAGAUGUGAUUCACGCUACUCAUGAAGAAUGCACAAAGUAUGGAAUGGAUGGAUAUGUUUCAAAGCCAUUUGAAGCGGAACAACUUUUUAGAGAAGUUUCGCGCUUUUUCCCAGUCAUCAUUGAACCGAAACUUGUAGAGAGGCCACCAUAGAUGGCUAAUUGUUUUGGUGAGCAGAAGUCUUGGUUGUUUAGGCAAUUUGGCAGCCUUACCGGUGAACUUUGGAAUUCUUUAACAAGAGUGUGUCUUGUCACGGGAGCAUAUACAUAAAGAAGCUAAGGUCACCCGCUGGAGUUGAAUUUUCAUUGAUUUCCCUACGAGUGGCAUAUUGGUUCAAAACCACUUCAAUUAUUUUGUGUACAGCUGAUCUAAACCGUUUGCAAGAUGACGGUUGGUAAUCAGGCGAUCUGAAGUUCGCCAAUUGAACUCUGGAUCGAUGGCUGCUUGGAAAUGGUGCAGGAAUCUCUCUGACAUAGGUGUAUAUCUGUAGACUAGACCCUCACAGUGUGUACAUGCAUUUAGCUUUAGAGACUGUAGCCAGGAGGUUUGGUUAGACUGCAUUCCCUUUAGAGACAGAGCAUUCCAUGUAUAUUACUCGAAUAAAGAACAUCAGUAUUCGCAUUCAAGUUUGCCCCAGUCAAUUUUGUUUGAAGCAUGUAAAGGGUCGAGGCCAUGACUGAUGUAUAGUACAACGACUCUCUUCGUCGCCAUUUUUUGUCCUUUUUACUAAGUUGUCGGAACCAAUUUGAUGUAAAUCGGAUUGCUUUGUGUGAGCAAAGUACACUGUACACAUAAAUCAGAGGCAGAGUCAAGAAAAUUUUCCGAUUCUCUA